CACACAAACACACAGAGGUCUAUGAAAUAGAUUAAAAUGAAGCAAGGAAAACGCCAGCUUGGUUCUGCAUCUGAAGACUUCAUGGGCAAAAGCUUUUGUUUAUUUUAGCCAUUCCAGCCAUGUACAUGUGUACAUCGCCAUACACUUAAUGUUCAAAUUGGGGGGAACUUUAUAAAAUAAUUAUUGAAUCUUCUUAAGGCUCAUCAAGCUCAUUAUCCAAGUGAGCUGGUUUUGCAUUUAGCCAGCAAACCAGCGAGCUAACUGCAGGUCCUGAGGCCAGCUGUGCAGGAGAGCAGUUAGCUGUAAUUGGCUGUAUACUUAAUUACUAAUGUGUUCGCACAGCUGAAGUAACCUGUGUGUACAGCAACGUGUGCACACCACUGGGAUAAGAGCACAGAAGAGAGCAGUGCUCAGCUGAGGGGGGCUGUGCAAUCAGCCCCAUGGCAUGCGAAGGAGUGGAGUGGGAUGGCAAACAGGCUUAGAGCGUGCAGCUGCAAGCAGGGAGAUGGGGAAGUCCUCUUCUGAACCUUCAUCAUCCUGCACCCAUUUCACAUAGAGAUGAUGUCAUUGUUCACAGCAAAAAGACACUGAAACAAAUCUGGCUGAAAUGACUGCAAAAUUCUGAGUUUUGGACAAAUGAUGGAGCUUUCAACAAUGUCAAAAGUUUCAAAUUCCAGUCAGAAGGUGUAUCUAUGCCAUAUGUAUAUUAGCUGUGAGUGGUGCACAGCUGAAAGGCUGUGGAGCAGCAUGAGCUGCCGUAAAAGUUGGCUGGGAGGACGAGUGUGUGCGUCUGUAGGUGGCAAUUCCGAGAGGAAAGUCCAUCCCAAUGGAGCCCAGCUAGGUGAGGGACGGGCAGGCUCGUUGUGACAUAAGUCUUUGGGGGUUGUGGCAGAGAGAGAGAGAGAGAGAGGCAGAGAGGCAGAGACAGCCGGAGCCCGCAGCUGUACCGGACCCGGAUCAGACAGCGGGGUGAGCGCCCGCAUCUCCAGCUCAAAGCAGGGACACAGAAGCAGAAAUCAUGGCAACGUGGAGUGGUUUCAUUUCUUCGUCACCUGUUUCUCAUCAAUAAUUCACCUGACUUUUUUUUUUUUUUUUUUUUUUUUUUUUUUUUUUUUUUUUUCCCCCCUACCUACCACUCUCCUCAUUAAUCUCUUUUUUGAUGCGGAGAGUGAGGGGAGAAAAGCGUGCACCGGAAAGUCUUUAUUUUGUUCGGCUGCUUUUGUAAAGAGCUCGAGAAAGGACCAGGUAAAUUAAAAAAAGAAAAAAGAAAAUAGAAAAAGGCACCAAGUGGUGGCGGGCGGGAGGAGGAGAAGACGGAGAGGUAAAUAAAUAAAUAAAUAAAUAAAAGAAGGGAAGAAGCCGGCAGAAAGAAGACUUUCAGAGCGGCUGCCGCUGCUGCCGGCGGGGAGCGCCGCUGUGCGCGGUGGCCGGAGCGGGGCGCGGAGCGGCCGCGGGUGCGGACCAUGGGCUGGCGGCUGCUGCCCGCCGUGCUCCUGGCCCUGGCGCUGGGCGGCCCCGCGGCGCGGGCGCAGAACGAGACGGAGCCCAUCGUCCUGGAGGGCAAGUGCCUGGUGGUGUGCGAUUCCAACCCGACCACCGACGCCAAGGGCUCGUCCUCCUCUCCGCUGGGCAUCUCGGUGAGGGCGGCCAACUCGAAGGUCGCCUUCUCGGCGGUCAGGAGCACCAACCACGAGCCCUCCGAGAUGAGCAACAAGACGCGCAUCAUCUACUUCGACCAGAUCCUAGUAAACGUGGGCAAUUUUUUCACAUUGGAAUCUGUCUUUGUGUCACCCAGAAAAGGAAUUUACAGCUUCAGUUUUCACGUGAUUAAAGUCUACCAGAGCCAAACAAUCCAGGUUAACUUGAUGCUCAAUGGGAAGCCAGUCAUCUCUGCUUUUGCUGGGGACAAGGAUGUCACUCGUGAAGCUGCCACUAAUGGAGUCCUGCUCUAUCUAGACAAGGAGGAUAAGGUUUACCUGAAGUUGGAGAAAGUGUCUUGGAUGGUUCACCCAUACAUUUAUGCUCUGUCACUGGCUGUGAUUGCAUCUUGCCUGCAGAAAGCUGAGAAGGUAUGGCUGGAUUUUAGUGGGAUCUGUAAGUUUUCCAAAAACAAAGAGCAGCUGAUAGCCAUUAAGAAAAACACUCCUAUCAGGGUUAGAGGUGAUCAUCCAGGCGUGAUUUUCAGGAUAGCUUUGCUCUUCAGGAAAUCUCACAAUUUUCAAUUUUAAGUAAUGUGAUUGAUAAUAAAUGCUGUAUUGAAAACCUGAGGGAUCCCUUCCUUAGACACAGAUGCUUUAUUAGCAGGAAAUGUGUCCCCCUGUUUGUAAUUAUGCCCAUUUUUCAAACCUUCUCUUGUGUUACAGGUAUCAUCUGGCUUUGCCUUAACUCCACAACUGUAUAUAAUGUUAGAUUGUAUGCGUAACAAAUCUGGAAUCCAAAUAGGCAGUACCUCAUAUGGUGCAAUAUCUUUUUUGUACAGGUCAUAAGAAGCUCACAAACUCAUUGAUUAUGUCAUUGUUACAUAAUAAAGAUUAAUAUAUGUUAGCUGAAUUUUUGACCUUUGGAUGUUGGAAGUCACUUCAUGCUAUUUUUUUAUAGGAUAUAAUUAUUAUAUGCAAGAUAUGAGCUUUUGGGAUUCACAGAAAGUGCCCUGGGAGGCAGGCGUGCUGUCCUGGUUCAGUCUGAUGGAAUCCUAGAGGUAAUCAGAGUGAUCUAGAAAUAACCUAUGCAUUUUAUUUGAAAGCAAUUAGGCAGAAAUCCUGGCUUUGAGGAAGUUAAUGUUAAGAAUCACAUUGAUUCUGAAGGAUUUUGGAUGAGAUCUAUGCUUUAGGUUUUGCCAUCGGCAUUAAACUCUGGUGCAAUUAAAACUGAAUAUCAAUUGAAAAUGAUUUUCAUGAGCUGCUAAUGAAACCUUCCUUCCUCUUGCCCUUCAGUGAUAUGAAGUCUGCUCAUGGCUGAUGCUUCCAUUACAAUUUCUGAGCAUCACUGGCAAAGAAUUGUUCUCAAAUUCCUAUUUUGUGUUUUGGCUCUGUGUGGUUUUUUUUUUUUUUUUUUUUUUUUUUUUGAAUUUCAGAAAGUGAGAUGGGUACAUAUGGGUACAUUCCUAUGGAUAGGUCAGAUGAGGAGGAGGUUGUUUGAUUGAGACCUUAUAGUCUCUGCACAGAGCACUGCAGUUUGGGUGGAUGUGGAAGGACGUGGCAGGAAGGCAAAUGAUUUACUUCUCUAAAAAAUACAUUUGAAAAUGUCCAUUAUGAGAGAUCAAAAUGUACGACUGCUACAGCAAAUAAAUGUGUAUAUAUGUAUAUACAUAAAAAACAUUCUGUGAUUGCAGCACAUAACAUGCAUGCCAUUAUGAAAAAUUUAUUUUCCAUAGGAGUUGAUUUCAGAAGGGAACGUCAGCACUUCUCUAUUUUGUAUUAAAUCAGUGAAAUCUCAAAGCUCACUUUAGCCACUGAUAUCUGUGAAAUGUAACUGAAAUGCUGCUCCUGCACAGAUGGAAGAGGAAUGGUACUAAAAGUGUCUGUGUACUUUUUGGAAUGAUCAAACGUAUCCAACUCCUUCAGUCUGUAAACUUAUGAUCUCUUAAAGCUGCCAUCAUCAGUAAUACUCAGCUCUUAAUAUACUUUUGAUUUCCCCUUGGCAAAGCGUUUCCUCUUGCUUCUGAGUUGUUAACAGAUAUUUAAACUUGAACCAGAGUCUAGGAAAUUAUUCGAUUAAGAGAUGCAUUUUGAUAGAAAUGCCCUACAUUUUUCUCCUCUGCCUCUAAAAUGACAUUUCCUGCCCAGUUCUGCUGCUGAUGAAGGGGAGAAGCGCGGAGCAGUGGCUGGGAGCAGCAGAGUGAGGUGUGUGAGGUCACAGCUCCUGGUCAAAGGUCUCAGCAGGAGCAGCAGUGGCAGUUUGUCCACAGCUAGAGCUGCCUUGCAGAGCUCUCCCAUUCUCUGAUCCCACACUGCUGUUGUGUUGAUAGGAGUUUCUCCCAGCAGAGCUGCUCAGAGGAGGUCACCUCGUGCAGAAGGAUCUGGGCUUGGGAACUGCUCCUUUUCUUCUCUGUGCAUUCCUUUUGCCGCUGUCUUCCUGCGUCCGUGCUGCAGCAUCAGCUCUGUGGCUGGAACAGAAAAGCAUGAGCACAUGACAAAAGUUUCUGGCUAAGUGUGGUGCAUACAUUCUUAUUAUCUCCUUAAAAUGAGAUCUCCAUUUAUUUUCAACUCUUUCUCUGUAUUUCAUUUAUUUUGGAUCCGUGUUUGAUUAUGAAACUGAGGGAGGGAAAAAAACCAACUUAUUUCCCUGCUCAGGUGUUGUUUUGUAGCAGAGGCAGGCAUUGCUCUGUUCCCUUGCAUUCACCCUUCGUCAAAGCAGCUCUGCCCUGCUUACUGGGAGGCACAGAGCAUGGAGGUGGCACAUGGCUGUGGAGCCCGAACUGGUGCUGUUUAAAAGAACCCAGGUAGCAGAAAGCAGAUUGAAGCAUUUCCCAAGCAGCUUUUUCUUUAUGAAAGAAGGAAAAGCUAGCUUUGAAUUAUGGAGAAGGAAAAUGUGAGGGUUGCAUUUUAUUUAUUUAUAUGCAUUUGUUUUACAUUAUGUCAAUUUCAGGUAGUGCUGGAGGUGAUUCAGUCCCCAUUCCCAGGCCCAGCACUGUACCUGGGCUCUCACUGCCCCUCACUGCUGCUAGCCCCAUUCAUUCUGCUGAGCUGCUCUUUUUUUCUGAUGUAAGGCAAUUGUUGAAAUGGUGUUUUGGAAUGAAGGGCAUAUUGCUGGUCUCCUCUUCCUUACUGUUUAGAUCUUCCUUAUUAUUUAGAUCUGUUACUGCAUUCGUUUUCCUAGAAAAACUAGAUGGUUUUUAAGUGUCCUGAAUCUCAACCUUAGCUAUCAACUCUAUAUAUUCAUUUUUAGCUUAACUUUGUUUUUGUAAGCCCCCAGAAGGGCAGGUCUGUGGUACAUGCAGUACUUUUACAAGCAGGAUUUAGGGUAGAGAAGAUAAAUGCAAGAAGCAGUAUGUCACAAUCACAAGAAGGCACCUAAACCAUUAAUAGGAAAUAUGGGCUGAGGCAGAGAAGCAGAUCUAUUUCCUCCUCCAUUUAUAAGGGUUUCUGAGUCAGUAAUAUGCUUUACCUUAGCAGUUCAUUACAGUCUCCCAUCAUAUUGCAAGAGCUCUUUAUAAUAUUAAAACUCUUUGUCUUCUAAAGGCAUUGUUAACCAGCUGACACAAAGUGCGUACAAGAAGAUCCCCAGUGACAGAAUGCAGUGGUUGGCACAUGCCACAACAUCGUAUUUUUUGUGCUAUUGUUGAGCAGAUGGAAAUGGCUCCUUUGAGGAAAGACAUUGUCUUGGAUGCUGAGCUGAAGUUAUUUAUCUGUUGCUGUUUGCCAAUGAGGGGAAACCUUUCCUACCCAAGAGCACUAAGGGAAACGUGCAAAGAACAAUGAUAAAAUCAGUCCCCAUUAUAUAAGUGAUGAUGAGGAUGAUGGAAAUGUGG